CGCCCACAAGACUCAUCAGUCAGUUUAUAUCUGAAACGCAACAAUGGCGGACGCAGCGGCUCGUCAAUUGCAGUACGAAUAUAAAGCUAAUUCUAAUCUUGUUCUACAAGCCGAUGUUCGAUUAAUUGAACGACGUAGUCGUGAUGAAGCUACCGGUGAAGUUAUGUCCCUUGUUGGGAAAUUGGACGGCACAAGAAUGGGUGAUCGUGCUAAGAGAACUAGACCCGGCAAAGUUGAAGAACGUAAAGUCAAACGUCAGAAGAGAGAUGAAGCUCAGUAUGAUUUUGCGAGAAUGAAAGGAGCAACUUUACUUUCGGAAGGUAUGGAUGAAAUGGUGGGCAUAGUUUAUCGUCCAAAAACUCAAGAAACUCGUCAAACAUAUGAGGUAUUACUUAGUUUUAUCCAAGAAGCUAUAGGUGAUCAACCUCGUGACAUUCUUUGUGGUGCUGCUGAUGAGGUUUUGGCAGUAUUGAAAAAUGAUCGUUUGAAAGAGAAAGAGAAGAAGAAAGAAACAGAACUUCUGUUGGGUUCCUUAGCGGAAGAAAGAUUUGCAUUAUUGGUGAAUUUAGGAAAAAAAAUAACAGACUUUGGUAAUGAAGAAAAGACAGUUGCGAGUGAAGAAAAUAUUGAUGAGACUUACGGUAUUAAUGUUCAAUUUGAAGAAAGUAGUGAAGAAGAUGAUGAAGAUGUACAUGGUGAAGUAAGAGAAAUUGAUGAUGAUGGAGAGGAAGGUGAAGAAGCAAACGUUAACCGUGCAAUCCAUGCAGAAAAUCUCGGUGGAAAUGAAGAAACAAAAAAAGAAAAAACUCUUCAUCCUCUUGAUAUUGAUGCAUAUUGGUUGCAAAGAAGGCUCAAAGAAAUAUACAAUGAUGCUAUGGUAUCUCAAGCAAAAGCCGCUGAAGUAUUGGCAGUCUUAAGAGAUGCAGGAGAUGAUCGUGAUUGUGAAAAUCAACUAGUUCUUCUUCUUGGGUAUGAUUGUUUCAAUUUUGUUAAGCAAUUAAAAAAGCACCGUCAUAUGAUUGCUUAUUGUACAAUGUUAGCAUCAUCUCAGUCUGAAUCAGAGCGUCAAACAAUACGAAAUAAAAUGAACGAUAAUCCAACUCUAGCAAAAAUUCUUCGACAAUUGGAUACAGGUAAAGGUGAAGAAGAUGCUGACGAGACUAUGGAAGCAAGAACACAAAGAAAAAGAAUCGAAGAAAAUGAAGAUACUGGUGGUCCAGCAGGUCAAGUUCAAGGAACAAGGAAUAUUAUCGAUCUUGAAGAUCUUACUUUUGCACAAGGAUCUCACUUUAUGGCUAAUAAACGAUGCCAACUUCCUGAUGGAAGCUUUAGAAAGCAAAGAAAGGGAUAUGAAGAAGUCCAUGUUCCAGCAUUAAAACCUAAGCCUUUUGGCGAAAAUGAAAAAUUACAGCCAAUUGAUCAACUCCCAAAGUAUGUUCAACCGGCAUUUGAAGGAUUUAAAACAUUGAACAGAAUCCAAAGUAGACUUCAUCAUACAGCACUUGAAAGUGAUGAAAACCUACUGUUAUGCGCUCCAACUGGUGCUGGUAAAACUAAUGUAGCUUUACUUUGUAUGAUGCGAGAAAUUGGCAAGCAUAUUAAUUCUGAUGGAACCAUCGAAGCUGAUCAGUUUAAAAUCAUCUAUGUCGCUCCAAUGCGUUCACUGGUACAGGAAAUGGUAGGAAAUUUUGGAAAACGUUUGGCAAGUUAUAAUUUAACUGUUUCCGAGUUGACAGGAGAUCAUCAAUUAAAUCGAGAACAAAUAGCUGCAACUCAGGUGAUAGUAUGUACUCCGGAAAAAUGGGAUAUUAUAACAAGAAAAGGUGGUGAAAAAACAUUUACCAAUUUAGUACGGUUAAUUAUCAUUGAUGAAAUACACUUACUACAUGAUGAACGAGGUCCUGUUCUUGAAUCUCUAGUAGCUCGAACUAUUAGAAAUAUAGAAACAACACAAGAAGAUGUUCGUUUAGUUGGAUUAUCUGCUACUUUACCAAACUACCAAGAUGUUGCACGAUUUCUAAGAAUUAAGCCAGAAACAGGGCUAUUUUAUUUCGACAACAGUUUCCGACCAGUCUCUUUAGAGCAACAGUAUAUAGGAAUUACUGAAAAGAAAGCUUUAAAACGAUUCCAAGUUAUGAAUGAAAUCGUUUAUGAGAAAACUAUGGAACAUGCAGGACGAAAUCAAGUUUUAAUUUUUGUUCAUUCAAGGAAAGAAACUGGAAAGACAGCCAGAGCUAUUAGAGAUAUGUGUUUAGAGAAAGAUACUUUGGGUCAAUUUUUACGAGAAGGUUCUGCAUCGAUGGAAGUACUUAGGACUGAAGCUGAACAAGUAAAAAAUCAAGAGUUAAAAGAUCUCCUUCCCUACGGAUUUGCAAUUCAUCAUGCAGGCAUGACAAGAGUAGAUCGUACUCUAGUUGAAGAUUUAUUUGCUGAUAGACAUAUUCAAGUGUUGGUAUCUACUGCUACGUUAGCUUGGGGUGUAAAUCUUCCAGCCCAUACUGUAAUCAUCAAAGGUACACAGAUUUACAAUCCAGAAAAAGGCCGUUGGGUUGAGCUUGGAGCUUUAGAUGUACUUCAGAUGUUAGGGCGAGCUGGUCGGCCUCAAUAUGAUACUAAAGGAGAGGGUAUUUUAAUUACUAAUCAUAGUGAAUUACAAUAUUAUUUAUCACUUUUAAAUCAGCAGCUUCCUAUUGAAUCACAAUUGAUAAGUAAAAUGCCUGACAUGCUAAAUGCUGAGAUUGUUCUUGGAACAAUUCAAAAUAUCCGAGAUGCUGUACUGUGGCUUGGAUAUACUUAUUUAUAUAUCAGAAUGCUUCGAUGUCCUCAUCUCUAUGGUAUCAGUCAAGAUAAACUUAAAGAAGAUCCACUUUUAGAACUUCAUAGAGCUGACCUUAUUCAUUCAGCAGCACUUUCUUUGGAUAGAAGUGGAUUGAUUAAAUAUGAUCGUAAAUCUGGAAACUUCCAAGCAACUGAACUUGGAAGAAUUGCAUCACAUUACUAUUGUACUCAUGAAACAAUGUCAACUUAUAAUCAACUAUUGAAAAGAACUUUAAGUGAGAUAGAACUAUUCAGAGUUUUUUCUUUAUCUAGUGAAUUUAAAAACAUUAAUGUACGUGAAGAAGAAAAAUUAGAAUUACAAAAAUUGAUGGAAAGGGUUCCUAUACCGAUUAAAGAAAGUAUGGAAGAAGCUAGUGCUAAAGUUAAUGUUCUUUUACAAGCUUUUAUAUCACAAUUGAAACUUGAAGGAUUUGCAUUAAUGUCAGACAUGGUUUUUGUUACACAAUCAGCAUCAAGAUUAAUGCGAGCUAUUUUUGAAAUCGUAUUAUAUCGAGGUUGGGCUCAAUUGGCAGAUAAGUGUCUGUCUCUCUGCAAAAUGAUUGAUAGAAGAAUUUGGCAAUCUAUGUCUCCACUAAGGCAAUUUCGUAAGAUGCCAGAAGAAAUAGUGAAAAAAAUUGAGAAAAAAAAUUUCCCAUGGGAAAGACUUUAUGAUCUUGGUCCUAAUGAAAUAGGAGAAUUAAUUCGAGUACCUAAAUUAGGUAAAAUGAUACACAAAUACAUUCAUCAAUUUCCUAAACUCGAAUUAUCAACACACAUCCAACCAAUUACUCGUUCUACCUUACGAGUGGAGUUAACAAUCACUCCAGACUUUCAAUGGGACGAGAAAGUCCAUGGUACAUCCGAAGCCUUUUGGAUUCUCGUUGAAGAUGUAGACUCUGAAGUCAUUCUUCAUCAUGAAUACUUUUUACUCAAAGCUAAAUAUUCUACAGAUGAACAUCUUAUCAAAUUUUUUGUGCCAGUAUUUGAACCAUUACCACCGCAAUAUUUUCUACGAGUUGUGUCUGAUAGAUGGAUUGGAGCGGAAUCACAAUUACCUGUAAGUUUUCGUCAUUUGAUUUUACCAGAAAAAAAUUUACCACCGACGGAACUUCUUGAUUUACAACCAUUACCUAUAACAGCAUUACGAAAUCCCAAGUUCCAAAGUCUUUACAUGGAUAAAUUUCCUCAGUUUAAUCCAAUUCAAACUCAAGUAUUCAAUGCCGUUUAUAAUUCUGAUGACAACGUAUUUAUUGGUGCUCCAACUGGUUCGGGAAAAACUACAAUAGCAGAGUUUGCAGUGUUACGAUUAUUAACACAAAACUCUGAAGGUAGAUGUGUAUAUAUGGUCAGUAAAGAGCCAUUAGCAGAGUUGGUGUACUCAGAUUGGCUGGUAAAAUUUAAUCACCAGCUUGGUAGGAAAGUCGUGCUUCUUACUGGAGAAACUGGCACAGAUCUGAAACUUCUUGCCAAAGGACAGAUUAUUAUAACAACUGCAGAUAAGUGGGAUGUACUUUCACGUCGUUGGAAGCAACGUAAAAAUGUGCAAAACAUCCAGCUUUUUAUUGUUGAUGAGUUGCAGUUAAUUGGUGGAGAGGAUGGGCCAGUUCUAGAAGUAGCAUGCUCGAGAGCAAGGUAUAUUUCAUCACAGUUAGAUAAACCAACAAGAAUUGUUGCCUUAUCUGCAUCUCUAGCUGAUGCCAAAGAUGCUGCACAAUGGCUUGGAGCACCCGCUGCAGCUACAUUUAAUUUCCAUCCAUCGGUGAGACCAGUUACCCUUGACCUUCAUGUUCAAGGAAUAAAUAUUACUCAUAAUGCCUCUAGACUAGCUGCUAUGGCAAAGCCAGUAUACAAUGCUAUCCUCAGAUAUGCUCCUCAUAAACCCAUCAUCAUCUUCGUACCAACUCGACGACAAGCACGAUUGACUGCCAUUGACCUCCUCACUUUUGCUGCAGCAGAAGGUCAACCUUCAAAAUUUUUCCAUGCUGAAGAAUCUGACAUAAAACCAUUCUUAGACAGGAUGAGUGAUAAAACUUUACGAGAAACACUCUCUCAAGGUGUAGCAUAUCUUCACGAAGGACUAUCAGUAGAUGAUCGCCACUUAGUUGAGAGAUUAUUUGAUAGUGGAGCUAUCCAAGUAGCUGUUGUUACUCGAGAUUUAUGCUGGGGACUUUCGAUCAAUUCUCAUCUAGUUGUUAUUAUGGAUACACAGUGUUAUAAUGGUAAAACACAUGCAUACGAAGAUUAUCCCAUUACAGAUGUGUUGCAAAUGGUAGCACGUGCUAAUAGACCUUUAGAGGAUCAUGAUGCUAAAUGUGUCUUAUUGUGUCAAAGUUCAAAGAAAGACUUUUUCAAGAAAUUUUUAAAAGAACCUCUACCAGUAGAAAGCCAUCUAGAUCAUCGUCUUCAUGAUCACUUCAAUGCUGAAAUUGUUACAAAAACUAUUGAGAACAAACAAGAUGCUGUUGAUUAUUUAACUUGGACAUUCUUAUAUCGAAGGCUGACACAAAAUCCUAAUUAUUAUGGCUUACAAGGUGUCACUCAUCGUCAUCUAUCUGAUCAUCUUUCUGAAUUAGUUGAAAGAACUCUUAGUGAUCUAGAACAAGCUAAAUGUGUUGCAGUUGAAGAUGAAAUGGAUACACUUCCUCUAAAUCUUGGAAUGAUUGCUGCUUACUAUUAUAUCAAUUAUGCAACGAUAGAGUUAUUUAGUCUUUCACUUAACAGUAAAACAAAAAUACGAGGACUUUUGGAAAUUAUCUCGGCUGCUGCGGAAUAUGAAACAGUUCCCGUUAGACAACGUGAAGAGAACUUAUUAAGAAGUUUAGCACAAAGGUUACCACAUGCCCCACAAGCUACAAGGAUGGCAGAUCCUCAUGUUAAAGCACAAUUACUUCUCCAAGCUCAUUUAUCUCGGAUCCAACUUGGUCCAGAAUUACAAAAAGAUACAGAACUGGUUUUAAAUAAGGCUAUAAGGCUCAUUCAAGCUUGUGUAGACGUCUUGAGUUCUUCUGGUUGGUUAGCACCUGCUGUAGCUGCUAUGGAACUAGCACAAAUGGUAACGCAAGCAAUGUGGUCUAAAGAUUCAUAUUUGAAACAAUUGCCGCACUUUACUAGUGAAACUAUUAAGCGAUGUACUGAAAAGGGUGUUGAAACUGUUUUUGAUGUUAUGGAGUUAGAUGAUGAAGACCGAAAUAGACUUUUACAAUUAACUGAUGCCCAAAUGGUUGAUGUUGCUAAAUUUUGUAACCGAUAUCCAAAUAUUGAAAUGUCUUAUGAAAUUCAAGAUAAAGAUAAACUUCACAGUGGUGGUACUGUUAAUGUCAUUGUUCAAUUGGAAAGAGAAGAUGAAGUGAUUGGACCUGUCGUAGCACCAUUCUUCCCACAAAAAAGAGAAGAAGGUUGGUGGGUUGUUAUCGGAGAUCCUAAAACCAACUCACUGCUUUCCAUCAAGAGGCUAACACUCCAACAAAAAGCCAAAGUUAAACUGGACUUUGUAGCUCCCGCUGCCGGACAGCACUCUUAUACUCUGUAUUUCAUGAGUGAUGCUUAUCUUGGUUGCGAUCAAGAGUACAAAUUUACACUUAAUGUUGGAGAAUAUGAAUCUGAAGGCAGCUCAGGAUCAGAUUCAGAAUAAAUUAACAUGACUUUAUAUUCGAGAGAUAAUAAUUUUUUAAAUAAAAACAAAAUAAAAAUAACAGUUAAAUAAAUUAAGGCUUAUGUUAGUUUUAUUUUGUCACACAGUCAACAUAUUAUAUUCCAAUGAAAUAUAUUGUGAUCAUUCAUUUUAACUUUGUAAUAAAGAUGUCAUAAAAAUAUCAUUACUUAGAAAAUUAUAUUAAUUUUCUACAAAAUUCUCUUGGAUAUAAUUUGUAUAAAAAUUGUAAUAUACACAUUGAUCCAGAAUUCAGUGUGAUAGAUUUUUAUAUC